AUGGCAUGUGAAGAGAGCACCACCGAUACUUCUGUAUGUUCAACUUCUGGUGGUAUUACUAUUGCUCAGUCUACUGUUGCUUCUACAAUUGCAUCAACUGCCACUACAAUUGCAACUACCACCGCCACAACAACAGGAAUUCCAAGUGGUGGUGGAAGUACUGUUGCUUCUACUAUUGCUACGACUGCCAGUACUAUCGCCACAACAACUGCAACUUCUCAACAUCCAACUGGUUCAAGUACUAUUGUUUCAACAAUUGCAUCGACUGCCAGUACAAUUGCAACUACCACUGCUACAACAACUGGCAUCCCCACUGGUGGAAGUACAAUUGCUUCAAAUGUUGCAUCAACAACAGCAACAACAACCAAUAAAGCUUCAACAAUGACAUACAGCACUAUUGCAACUACCACAACUGUUGCUUCCACGACAGCUUCGACAACAGCAACAACGACAGCAACUACAACAAAUGAAGCAUCAACAAUCACCCAGACAACAACAGCCACAACAACAGCCACAACAACAGCAUCAACAACCUCAAUACCAACAACAAUUGCUUCGACAACUCAAACUACAACAGCAUCAACCACAGGUCCUGCAUCAACAAUCACCGCCUCCACUACCCAAUCUACCACUGCAACUCUUGCAUACUCUACAACAGCAUCAACUACAGCAAGCACAACAGCCUCAACUACAGGUCCUGCAUCUACUAUUACACAAACAACAACCGCAACAACAACUGCAACCACCACUUCAAGAAUAUCAUCCAAUCCAACUACAGGGUAUCCCACAACUAGAAAUCCAACUAGUACUCCAACAACUGGAUCGCCAACGACUGGACCGCCAACAACCAGAACACCAACGACUGACACUCCAACAAUUGGUAUGACUACUAGAGCUCCAACAACAGAAACACCAACAACCGGAUCACCAACAACUGGAGAACAAACACCUGAUAUUACUACAAGAAGCCCAACAACUGGAACUCCAACAACUGGAACCCCAACAACUGGGAUUCCAACAACUGAUAUGACUACAAGAAACCCAACAACUGGGAUUCCAACAACUGGGAUUCCAACAACUGGAGCACCAACAAAUGGGAUUCCAACAACUGGGAUUCCAACAACAGGAGCACCAACAACUGGUAUGACUACUAGAGCACCAACAACUGGGAUUCCAACAACUGGAGCACCAACAACUGGUAUGACUACUAGAGCACCAACAACUGGGAUUCCAACAACUGGAGCACCAACAACUGGUAUGACUACUAGAGCACCAACAACUGGGAUUCCAACAACAGGAGCACCAACAAAUGGGAUUCCAACAACUGGGAUUCCAACAACAGGAGCACCAACAACUGGUAUGACUACUAGAACACCAACAACUGGGAUUCCAACAACUGGAGCACCAACAACUGGAACUCCAACAACUGGUAUGACUACUAGAACCCCAACAACAGGAACUCCAACAACAGGAAUUCCAACAGGAACUACAACACUCCCAACAACUGGAAUUCCGAUAACUAGAACUCCGACCACUGGAAUACCAACGACUGGUACUCCAACAACUGGUACUCCAACAACUGGUACUCCAACGACUGGUACUCCUUCAACCACAACCACUGAUAUAUCUGUACCAGCAACUACAACAACUAUAGCACCAUCCACAACAACAGCGACAACAGAUUCUUCAACACCAUCAACUGAACCAACAGUAAUACCAAUACGACCAACUCGUCCACCAGAUGAAAUACCAACGACUGGUACUCCAACAACUGGUACUCCUUCAACCACAACCACUGAUAUAUCUGUACCAGCGACUACAACAACUAUAGCACCAUCCACAACAACAGCGACAACAGAUUCUUCAACACCAUCAACUGAACCAACAGUAAUACCAAUACGACCAACUCGUCCACCAGAUGAAACACCACCACCACAACCAACAACUAAAUUGAUUAGACUCCAUAUGUUUGAAGAUUUGAAUGGCGAUGGCGUAGCACAAGAUGAUGAUCCAGGUGUUGUUGUAACAUGUGACCUAAAUGCUUCGAAUGGAACCAAAGUAGCGACUCUUACAACUUUUGAAAGAGAUGCAAAAGGUGGAUUCCCACCUGCAACAGCCACAAUUCCAUUUGGUGGUUAUUGUUUGGCUUGUCAAAUUCCAAGUGGAUACAAAGUAGUACCCCAAAAGACAGUGCCUAUUAUCAGAAUGGUUAACCCAUUCGAUGAGAAUGGAAAUGUUUGCUUCAACGUUGCCAAUGAUGGAAUCAAUUACGAUAUCUACGGUGGACUUUUGAAUGAGAAUCCAACUCCACUUUCUCUUAGAUUCUUCGAGGAUCAAAAUGGUGAUUCCACCAUUCAACCAACUGAAAUAGGUGCCGAUGUUACUUGUAACUUGACUGACUCUCAUGGUGUUGUACACGAAACACUGGUCACUCUACCAGGCACUGGAGAACAAAUUCCACCUGCUACAACGAAUGUCGCGCCACAAGGUGACUAUUGCAUGGUUUGUGUAGUUCCAACUGGAUAUCAAAUGUCACCUAAAAUAGCACAACUCGGUGAACCUUGGAAGAAUUCAUUUGAAACGAAUGGAUCUAUUUGUUUCAAAGCUAUUGGCAAGAGAAUUGAUUUUUAUGGAUCAAUUGAGAAAAUACCAAAUACACCUACUCCACUCACUCUUAGAUUCUUUGAAGAUCAAAAUGGAGAUUCCACCAUUCAACCAACUGAAAUAGGUGCCGAUGUUACUUGCAAUCUGACUGACUCACAUGGUGUUGUUCACACAACAUUAGUCACUCUACCAGGUACUGGAGAACAAAUUCCACCUGCAUCAACCAUUGUAGUACCACUAGGUGACUAUUGCAUGGUUUGUGCAGUUCCACUUGGAUAUCAAAUGUCACCUAAAAUCGCACAACUCGGUGAACCUUGGAAGAAUUCAUUUGAAUCGAAUGGAUCCUGUUGUUUCAAGGCUAAUGGUGUACCUAUUGAUUUAUAUGGAUCAAUUGAGAAACUACCAAAUACACCAACUACAAUAACUGUUCGAAUGUGGAAUGAUGAAAAUGGAGAUUCCACUCUUCAACCAACCGAAUUAGGUGCUGAUGUUGUCUGUAAUUUGACUGACUCGCAUGGUGUAGUACACGAAUCAAUAUCGACAAUGCUAGGCACUGGAGAACAAAUCCCACCUGCAACAACCAUCGCUCAGCCACUAGGUGACUAUUGUAUGGUUUGUAUUGUUCCAAAUGGUUAUGAAAUGUCACCAAAGAUUGCACAACCAGGUGAGCCAUGGAAGAAUUCAUUUGACGCGAAUGGAUCCAGUUGUUUCAAGGCUAAUGGUGUACCUAUUGAUUUAUAUGGAUCAAUUAUAAAACUACCUACUAUCACUCCUCUCAAUCUACGUUUGUGGAUUGAUAACAAUAGAGAUUCCACAUUCCAAAGUGCGAUAGAUAAACCAAUCGUUGAAACAUGUAAUCUCAGAGAUGCUGGCAGAAACACAAUCACCACAUUAACAUCGAAAUUAAUGAGUGGCCCUGAUUACCCACCUGCAACAUACAACAUUACAGGAGAAGGUCAAUAUUGUUUGAAUUGUCAAAGACCAGAUGGAUUUGCAGUGGGACCAAAGAUUGCACAGCCAGGUGAACCUCUCAAGAACUCAUUGGAUUUAGACUUAAUGUUUUGCUUCAAUGCAACAGGAACAGAGAUUGAUGUUGGUGGAGCUUUCCAAGGGCCUGUCGCUCCAUAA